AUGGAUCGCAGUUUGGAGGAAAUCAUCUCUGAGCGCCCUGCGAAGCAGCAGAAUCGUCGGGGACGCGGUAGUGGAAACAAUAGCAAUGCGCCACGCGAUGGUGUGAAAAAGUCGUAUCGUGACCGCGUUGAUCUUGAUCGUGAUUGGGUUCAUGAUCGAUUCGAUGAUAUUGGAGACUCCCGUUCUUCACGUCGUGAUAACCGAUCUAGACGCGAUAGAGAAUCGCCGGAUAGCGAUCAACCAGCUCGCUUGCGUAUCGACAAUCUUCACUGGGACUUGACGGAAGCAGAUUUGGAGGGCUUGUUUAGCAAAAUCGGGCCAGUACAGAGAGUUCGUAUCAACUUUGAUCGUGCUGGCCGCUCGGAAGGGACCGCCACUGUUACAUAUCAGUACGUCGAAGACGCCAGACAGGCAAUCCGCGAAUUCGACGGUGCCAACGCAAGAGGCCAACCAAUUCGAUUGACCCUCCUACCGGGUGGAGGCGGCCGUGGUGGACCAAAAACAGAAAAAUCAAAGAGCCUCUUUGACCGAAUCGAGCGUCCUCACGACCGGACCGAGCGCAGCCUUAGUCCUGACGAAGAAGGUGCCACAGGCGGCGGACGACGUCGUCGAGGCGGAAGAGGACGUGCGGCGGGGGCACCUGGUCGUCGCAGUGACACAUCAAAACCUGCUCCGGAUCACAUUGAUCGCUACAUACCUGGUCGUCAACAAUCACCGAGUCGUCGAAAUGCGACCGGUCGCCGACCUGGAGAACGCCGAGAUGACAGACGCAAUAAUCGUAGGAACGCGAAUGGCGGUAGUGGACCCCGUCCUAAAAAGACGCAGGAAGAACUUGAUGCGGAGAUGGAUGAUUAUUGGGGGAAUACGACGGCCGCUACUGGUACUACUACCGAGGAGAAUACUGUCGCUGCACCUGCGACUGUGGCUGCCACUGGUGAAACGGGUGGUGCUGCGUCGGCAGGAAAUGACGAUGAUAUUGACAUGAUAGAGUGA